AUGCCGAGAGACGAGAGAAAUGUGAUCUCUGAAUCUACUGCCAAUGGUGAAACUUCACAGUUUCUGGCUAAGCAAGAAAUACUGUGGAAAGGUUUCCUCAGCAUGUUCACUGUAUCGAAGUUUGUUACGAAGGCGUAUCUCGUUUCAGGAUCUGCCGAAAUUUUGAAAUCGGAACUGCCUGAUACACUAGAAAUUGGUGGACGAAUCAUGCCUCAAACAGUGUGGGACUAUAUUGCCAAGCUCAAGACCAACAUUACAAAGGAGUUAUGCGUGAUCCGCUUUCAUCCUUCAUCUGAAGAAGAAGAGGUGGCAUAUGUCUCACUCUUUUCCUACUUCAGCAGCAGAGGGCGUUUUGGUGUAGUUUCCAACCACAGCCGUUCCAUCAAAGAUGUUUACCUUGUACCAUUAAGCGCAAAGGAAUCCAUCCCAUCCAUACUGCAACCUUUAGAAGGACCAGGAUUUGAAAAGAACAGGCCCAACCUUCUUCUUGGUUUAGCAAUUAUCCAAAAAACAAAACGUCCUGGAAGUACACUUCAGGAAAUGGAAGAAAAGAAAUCAAAAGUUCCCUCUAAAGACCCUCUUUGGAUCCCAAAACCUCCUGUCCUCUAUGGUUCCGACAAAUUGGAAGUUUUCAAACCCUAUGAUCCUGAGACCCCUGCAAGCACAACCCCUCCUUUAUCACCCCCUUGUCCUGAAUCACCAUCAGAAUCAUCUUCUUCUGCAAAAAUAAUUCCAUCACAUCUGACCUCUAUGAAAUCAAACUCUGAAGUUUCAACUUCAAGCCCUCCUGCAUCCAAUCCGUCCACAUCCAGUAGCAUAUCUGAAAGCAAUAUGAAAACCCCGAGUGUUACACCACUAUCAACUAUUCUGAAUGCACUGUUCAAAAAUAAGCAAACUAACGUCAUGGUCUCUAAUGAGGAAAAAUGUACUACUAAUGUGACAACAGAUAGUGAGAAGGUAUCUGUCAUUCCUCAUGUAUCCAGAUCAAUGAUGGAUCCAAUUGUUCAACAAUAUGGACAGAAAUCCAAAGUCAAAGAUCUAGAAGAGGAUGACACAUUUGAUCGUCCUUAUGACCCAGAGGAGGAAUAUGACCCAGCAAUAGGAUAUGAAACGUUUUCUUCACAAAGCAAAGGAAAGAAUUUGAAAAGCCCUCCAUUAUCAAGUACUGUAGAUGAUGAUGUUGCCUAUGAUCCAGAAGAUGAGACUAUUUUUCAGGAUGUCCAAUUAACCACACAUGUUGAUACACCAUCUUUUUCAAAAAGUUCAAUCCAGGCCUCUCCUCUAGCUGCAGUUCCACAGACUCUUCCCACAGGUACUGUAGUUGUCUCAGCUGCGACACUGACUGAGCAGCAACGAAUGCUUGAGGAACUUAAUAAACAGAUUGAAGAGCAAAAACGACAGUUAAAGGAACAGGAAGAGGCACUUCGUCAACAAAAAGAGGCUGUAGGUAUAUUCAUGGCUCAGUUUUCUAGUAAUGAUCCCAUGAUGUCUCUUCCACCAAAGCCGCUGCCUCUCAGUCAAGUUUUCCCAAAUCAGAGUGGUGUGAAACAUUCAGAGCCUCCAGAAUCAAAAAAUCCCGAUCCUGAAGAGACCAGCAAUCCGACAGAUGGUGUGGAUGCUCCUGACAGACUGUCUCAAACUGUUAAGCAAGAAGCAGAAGGCAUAGGUCAUCACCAAAGAGACGAAGUCAUCGUGAAAGAGACCGCUGCAGAAGUCCUUCAAGGAGAUCCCAGCAGCGGUCUGUUUCACGUUCCAGGAGACAUAGAGGAAGAGAUAGACACAGAAAAAGUGAAAAAGACAGGUCAACACACAGAAGUAGAGACCACUCUGAACGGCAGGCUCGUCACCAUAAAUCACGCAGUUUAA